AUGAAAAUCCUGAAUUACAUAUGUGGUCGCCCCCUAAGAAGCGGUGGAACGGCUCCACUCAUCUACAAUCCUAUUCGAAAAUGGUUAAUCAUUUUAAUGAUACUAUACAUAUUUUUAUCCGUUUUCUCAUAUGGAGUAUUUUUAUAUCCUAAAGUAUCGGAUUUACAUUGUUCACCUUUAAUUGACUCUCUGUUCAAAUUUUCCUUAUCCAUAGGGGCAUCAAACUUCAUGGCCCCGUACUACUCUGUUAUUAGUUGUAGAGAAUGGGGAACGGAAAAUGAAUGGGCUAUAGUUGCAAUCAUUUCAGCAGUUAUGGCAAUUAUUGAUGUUGGUUCCAGUUGUUACGGUAUAUAUGUAUUGUGUACAAUUAUUGAUAUAGUGUUUACGAAUAUUACAGGCAUGCCUGACUGUAAUUGUUACAAAGCUAUAUUUUUUUUUUCAUCAAAUGCUUUCGUAGUUUUCCUUCAUUUAGUUGUUGCUAUAGUUAGCAUUGUUGUGUAUGUCUUACUCAUGGCAAAUAUAGACAGACAAUUACAGGAUAAUAGAAAUAUUGUUUAA